GGCUCCUGCCGUUGUAGGCAAUCCUUUGUGAUCAUGCUAUUGUCAGUCACACAUCGAGACUCGCGAUUGCCUUUGUAUACGGCAUCAAGAGAGUAGACCGGUCUAGCCGCAUCUCCUUUGUUUACAAAUGCUAACUAGGUAUCCCUUUUUCUUUACCACUCAUUGGAGAGUGUGAAUUUGUAAGUAUGAAACCCAUCCUAACUAGCUUCGCUAGAGUUGCGAUACAACAACUCUCCCUUUUGACGUGGACACCUCAAGAUAUUGCCAGUCGCUAUAUCUUCAUCAAGACGAGGACAUAUUAAUCGAAUUGUAAAUAUCGGACUUCAUUUUAUCAUUUGGCGGAAAGACAGAAAGGCAUUGGUUGUGCAAAACUGAACAACAAUGAGCGUGCUGGAAAGAUUUGCAAGGCAAAAUCAUAGCCUUCGAGCUCGUCGUGAUUUUAAGCCAAGACCGGUGCAUAUCAGCGAUGAUGGUCGUGUUACCUCCCUAUUGAGUCGUCAACGAGACAUCAUGAAUCAGAUAUUGAGCCCAACGAUAAAACAUUUCAGUCUCGAUGGAAGUAGUGGCUUGUCGUUUAGUCGACAGUCUCCAUUACCCAGAGGUCAAUCGCCUGAAGCAUUAACCUCUGAUGAGUCGGUUGGGCCCAUUUGGAACCGAAAAAAACUACUAGAUCUAUCAGAUUCGGUACGGGCCGAUCUGCGGGAUGGCAAUGUAUUUGGACCAAAUGCUGAAAAGCUCAGCUGCUUCCUUGAGGUCGCAUUGAAAGACGAGGAGCGAAAAUACCCCUCUCUAGACUUUGAGACGAUUGAAUAUGCGCGGCUCGACAAGCUGCUGGCCGAGCUCCUCCAGUUCGCAGAGAAUAUGAAAACAUCAGGCUUGACGCCGGAGCUCCUCCUACGCUUCCGUGUCGAUGUCUCCGAGGCCAAGACUCUGUCGCGGUUCUGGCGCCGUCGCUUUCGCGAGCAAUUCUUCAUGAUUAAUCAGCAUCGAUGCGCAAUUCUCGUGGAAGGCGGACGGCUGAAGGACGUUGCUUUCAACAGCUCACUUGACUACGACCUGGGCAAGUGGCAGACGAUGAAAGUGACGGGCCCAGUGUCUGAAAGUGAGGCUAAUCUGGAGUUCGAGCCCGGCCACUGGUGGCUGAACAUCACCUGCGCUGAGCGAGACGGCAUAGUCAACAGUUCACUAGAGACGCCCACCAAGGGCUGCUAUGGCUUCACAUCAUUGCCACUGCUAACUGGCACGGAAGAGUUAAUCGGUCGCAACACGGUCAAAUAUGUGCGCGAAGGACGUUCGGCAGACAUGCACAUCCAGUUGAUUUCCCAAGUCGGACGAAAAAUUCGGAUAAUCCGAGGAUAUAAAUUAAAGAGUAUAUUCGCACCAGUAGCUGGCUUGAGAUACGACGGGCUAUACACCAUCCGACAAUACGGCUGCAAGCUCGACAACAGCGUCAACAAGUAUCGCCUAGAGCUAACUCUUGAGCGCGCAUCGGACCAGAGACCAUUUGAGAGUAUCAGCAAGGUGCCCAAACCUUCCCAGCUCGACGACUGGGCGCUAUACGAGAAACUAGAGGGCGACAAGGUCAAAUUAGUCGAGGGCGAGUCAAGUUAUUUGCAGUGGAAGUUGAAGCGGCAAGAAGAAAAAGCAGACCUCGAAGAAUGGCAACGGUCGAGAUUGUUCAGAGCUUCGUUCUCGGUGCCGAGAGGCAUAGGUCUAGGCCAGCAACGCCUAGAUAGACGUGUCACUCAAUUCCUAUAAUCACAUAUCCUCUAAACUUUCCUGAACAACGUUCUGAACACGAUAACCUAAGCACGGCGAUUUCUGUACCACUAUCACACUACUGCACAUCAUAGUCGGAGUUCAUGCG